AUGUGCUCCGUCCUGCAGGUGAUCACAGAUCUGGAGGAGCAGCUGACGGCGCUGACGCAGGAUAACGCCGAGCUGAACCGGCAGAACUUCUACCUCUCCAAGCAGCUGGACGAGGCUUCAGACGAGCGGGAGGACCGGCUGCACCUCGGCCAGGACGUGGACCGGCUGAGGAGGGAGGUGGCCGACCGCGAGAUGCACCUCAACAACCAGAAACAGAACCUAGGUGACCCUGAAGACCACCUGCACGACUGCUGGAGGAGCAGGUGCUGGAGGCUGGAGACCCUGAACGACGAGCUGCUGGAGAAGGAGAGGCAGUGGGAAGCCUGGAGGUCGACUCUGGAGGACGAGAAGAACCAGGCGGAGAGGAGAACCAGAGACAUCCAGAGAAUGCUGGACACUGAGAAACAGAACAGGUUACUCACGUCCACUAUUAAUGACAUUUAUAGACUACAUUUAAUUUAA